CCGAGCGGAGUCGCCUGGAGCUGAGGAGUCAAGUCUCCCACCGAGCGAGCCAGCCCGGGGCCCGGGCGGGCGCCUUUGGAGAUGGACGAGCAGCCGAGGCUGAUGCAUGCCCACGCCGGGGUGGGGAUGGCCGGACACCCGGGCCUGAGCCAACACUUGCCGGACGGGGCCGGAGGGACGGAGGGGGAGGGCGGGAGGAAGCAGGACAUCGGGGACAUCUUACAGCAAAUAAUGACCAUCACCGACCAGAGUUUGGACGAGGCGCAGGCCAGAAAACACGCUUUGAACUGCCACCGAAUGAAGCCUGCCUUGUUCAACGUGCUGUGUGAAAUCAAAGAAAAGACAGUGUUGAGUAUCCGGGGAGCCCAGGAGGAGGAGCCCACAGACCCGCAGCUCAUGCGCCUGGACAACAUGCUGCUGGCUGAGGGCGUGGCAGGCCCUGAGAAGGGCGGGGGUUCGGCUGCUGCAGCUGCUGCAGCAGCAGCUUCCGGCGGAGCUGGUUCGGACAACUCAGUGGAGCACUCAGACUAUCGGGCCAAACUCUCCCAGAUACGGCAGAUCUACCACACAGAGCUGGAGAAAUACGAACAGGCCUGCAACGAGUUCACCACCCACGUGAUGAACCUGCUGCGCGAGCAGAGCCGGACCCGGCCCAUCUCUCCAAAGGAGAUCGAGCGGAUGGUGAGCAUCAUCCACCGCAAGUUCAGCUCCAUCCAGAUGCAGCUCAAGCAGAGCACAUGUGAGGCCGUCAUGAUCCUGCGCUCAAGGUUCCUGGACGCACGGCGGAAGAGACGAAACUUCAACAAGCAGGCGACAGAAAUCCUGAACGAAUAUUUCUAUUCCCAUCUCAGCAACCCUUAUCCCAGUGAGGAGGCCAAAGAGGAGUUAGCCAAGAAGUGCGGCAUCACCGUGUCCCAGGUAUCAAACUGGUUUGGAAAUAAACGAAUCCGGUACAAAAAGAACAUCGGGAAAUUCCAGGAGGAAGCGAACAUCUACGCCGCCAAGACGGCUGUCACAGCCACCAGUGUCUCGGCACAUGGCAGCCAGGCCAACUCGCCCUCCACCCCCAACUCAGCCGGUUCUUCCAGCUCUUUUAACAUGUCCAACUCUGGAGACUUGUUCAUGAGCGUGCAGUCACUCAAUGGGGAAUCUUACCAAGGGGCCCAGGUCGGAGCCAACGUACAGUCACAGGUGGAUACUCUUCGCCAUGUUAUCAGCCAGACAGGAGGAUACAGUGAUGGACUCGCAGCCAGCCAGAUGUACAGUCCACAAGGCCUCAACGCUAAUGGAGGCUGGCAGGACGCCACCACCCCCUCAUCCGUCACUUCCCCCACAGAAGGCCCGGGCAGCGUUCACUCCGAUACCUCCAACUGAUCUGCCAGCACCACACCCCAGCUGACUGCGUAGGCCCCCAGCGGGCCGGGUGGUCACUGCCGAGACCCCCUGCAGUCCACCCACCCCAGUCGACGUUGCUCAGCAGACGGUCUAAGAGCCUCUCUCUCCCUGGGGAUGCUCUUGCGGCCCAUCUGGACACUUCUUUAUACUCUCCCUCCACCCCACAUUUUUUCUGGGUAGAAGACACCUUUCCCUACCACCCCUAGUCAGACCUGGUGUCCGGCGCUUGGCCCCUCCCAACACACAGGACUCCCCUUUCCCCCUUGCCCUAGGUUCUUUGGGCUCCCCACUUUCCAAGUUACCCCUCCCAAAGGAGAUUUUCAACCAUUAGAGGAAUUUCAAGAGGAAAAGGAAAACACUGCAAAGAAAAUAAUAAAAGUGUUUGUAUGUUU